UCCCACACAAACUGCUUCCUGCUGGGCUGUAAUAAAUUACACGAUGGGAUAUGACAAACAGACAAUCUUCAAUCAGACGAACAAGCUCCAUGGCACCGCAUUCCACCUGGUCAUGCGGCCAUCAUGAUUGCGUUUCGGGCGCCUGCCCCGCUCCUUGUCUCGCUGCCCGAUGGAUGGCUGCUUCCCGUGGCGCGCGCGGGGCAUCAUGUGUUGCAGCUUGCAUCCUUGCGUGUUGCAGUUCCGAGAAAAUCCAUCCAUUGCCGCGACAACAGUGCCGCCGCGCCCCGGCCUGCAGCAUCAUCCGCAGCGCCCACAAACCAGAUGAACUUGGGAGCUUGGUGGCGGUUGAUUACCUUAGGUAGGUACCUAGGUAUUAUUGUGCGGCGGGGCGGGGUAGCUAUGGCGGUGCAGCUACCUG